AAUUGAAAACACGCGCCGAGGAGUAUGAGAUGAUUCUAUUAGUUUAGAGAGAGAGAGACACACAUAAACAAAAAGACCGCCGACUUCAUAAUAAUACACCGUCAACGCCGAUGGGUAUAUCUUUUUAGAACUAUCAACGGUGUCGCAUACUAGCACUGUUCCUCUUCUUGCGAGUUAGGGUUUUCUCUCUUUCUAAUAAGCACAUCGAUCUCCUUCUUUUGUUCUUAUAGAAAUUUAGAAAAUCAAACCUCGCUAGAUUAUACUAAUUAAUCUCUAUGUAUCGUUUACAGGAGCGGAGCUACUCAAGGCUGUAAAAUAAAUAACCAAGUGGCUCUACGUCUGUAAUUUUGUAACGGUUGUAUAAAAAAGGGAACAUGUACAAAAUGAACGCUAACAGUAGCACUAUCAUGAGGUGUCAAGGCGAGUUAACAUCAGAUCCAUAUUUCAAUAUAUACUGUGAAUGGUUAAUUUGACUUCCAUGAGGAUUUGCCAGUCAUCUUCAAUGGCACUGUGUCUUUGAAAAUGGUUAAAGGCUAGAUUUGUUACUUCUUUUUAGUUUUGAACUUUUAGAUUUAGACUUCUUGAUAAGGAUUAAUCUAGUUGGUAGAAAUGGAAGCUAGGAUCACCAAGGUGUUGGAUAGUAGUCGUAGAGUUAUGCCUGGAGUUAAGAGAAAGCGAGCGUCCCGCAUGGUGUUGCCUGAGUGGCUCACUCUGAUUUCAAGUCAUAAGCUAGGGAAGCGCAGGAAAUUGGAUGGAAGCCAAAGCAAGCCUGUGAGCUGUGGGCAUCAUUCUAGACGAUCUUUACUCCGGUCCUAUUCAAAUUUUAUGAGGACUGGGAUGCCACAGCGUCUGAUGUGUUAUCAGAAAGGGGAAUGGAUUGAUUUCCCAAAGGAUCUUGUCGCUUUGAUUAGGAAGGAUUUUCAAGGGAAGAAGGCAUUUGUUGAGGUUGAGUUGGAGGGGCGCUGCUAUGUGAUUGACUUCUUGCACAUGUUGCGUCUGGACAUGAAGACAGGUAUUCAGCAACCAAUUGCCUGGAUUGAUGAAGCAGGUAGCUGCUUCUUUCCAGAAAGCUAUGCUGAUGAAGAUGAACCGUAUCUUUGCUGCCAGCAUGAUUGUGUGAAAGAUCAAGGGCCCAUUUUCAGGGAGCCUCUUGGGCCCCAUGAGAUCAAGCUGCAGCUUGAAAUUGAUAUAAAUGGAGGGAAUCAAUCAAAAUUGAAGGAGUAUAGUGGAGAGUCAAAUGCUCUUGUCAAGCAUAUCCAAAUUGGUCAAAAGCCUAUGAGUGACCACUAUCAUGUAGAAGUGGAGGAUAGUUGCAACAGGAAACCUGGUGAAAAAAUUGAUGAAGAUAUGGAGGAAAAUCAACAGAUUGAAGCAAAUUUAGUCACCGAGUCUUUUAAGCAAAUGUUGGAUUCUGAUACUGUAAAGAAGUUGUUUGUUACAGUUAUGAAACCUUUUGGUGGUGCAGACAUUGUAGAUAUUUAUCGCUGCUCUAGUACUUCGAUGCAAGCUCGAUUUGAGCUUUUCCUGAAGCAGAUUGCACUAACAGAGAAAUAUCGUGGAGAUGCAAAUGUUCGAUAUGCCUGGCUUGCUUCUUCCAAAGGAGCACUCUCCACAAUCAUGUCGUAUGGACUUGGACAUUGUGGUCCAUGCACAACAAAUUCCAAACAUGGCAUUGGUGUUCAUCUUUCUGCAGCGAACUGUUGUCACACCAGUGUCAAGUAUUGUGAUGUUGACGAAAAUGGAGAACGACACCUGGUAUUUUGUCGUGUAAUAAUGGGAAACAUGGAGCUUCUUCACUCUGGGAGUCGGCAGUUCCAUCCUAGUAGUGAAAAUUUUGAUAGUGGAGUGGAUGAUCUUGAAAGUCCAAGAGAGUAUAUAGUCUGGAAUAUGAAUAUGAACACCCACAUUUAUCCGGAGUUCGUUGUUAGUUUCAAGAUUUCUUCCACCACUGAAGGGUUUCUGGUUGCUAGUGAGAGUAAGCAUACCGUUUCAGGGGUGACCACUUCUCAUGGAGGUCAGGGACGUUUACCAGUCGAGUCCUCUGCAGUUGAUUUGAACUUACCAGUUGAGUCCUCUGCAGUUGAUCUUAAUGAGUCCCCAACUGCUGAUAUGGGAAGCAAAAUUCAACCAGUUUUGGGUUCUGGGAGAUCUCUUGGAAAAUCACCAAGUCUGAGUUCAAGCAGUACCAGAGCUCCGAAAUCUCCAUGGAUGCCUUUUCCUAUGUUGUUUGCUGCAAUUUCAAAUAAAGUUCCUAGCAAAGACAUGGAACUCAUAACUAACAAUUAUGAACUGUUCAGGGAGAAGAAGGUAAACAGGGAGGAUUUUGUCAAGAAGUUGAGGUUGAUUGUUGGGGAUGCUUUACUGAAGUCAACAAUUACAAGUCUUCAAUGCAAGAAAAAAAAUGUGGAAGCUCAGAAGUUGCCAUCUAAGGGUGAGGUACCUGUGUCUAAACCAACUGCAGAAGGCUCAGCUGGGCUUUGAGAGACCAAAACGCCUUAAUGCUUCUGUUUGUUGGAAACUGAGGUGAAGUUUGUUUGAUGCUUGUUGGUAGAAUGUGUCGACAUGAAGUGAAUAUCCUGUCAAGAGUUGUAGGUCUUAGUUAUCUUGAAACUGUUAGGUUAUUUCUUAGUUGCCUUAUUUAUUAGUGAUGGAAUUGUCUGUGAGUUGACUCUGCUACUUAUGUGUCCUGUAUUGAUGAUCAUGCCCCAGCUUGGUUAAUAAACUUUUGGAUUGUUUGA